AACCUUGAUUAACACACACACAUACCCUGUCAGCUAGCCAAUUACGUAGCGUGAGCGCGAGACGGUCGCGACCAUCUGCUUGUAAACCUGAGUGUAAACUGCGCUUGAAGGAUGUCCUUCUUCUUCAGUCGGAGUCGGAAGACUCGAAAGCCCGUGCAACCGGUGCAGAGGCUCUGCGGCCUGUGUUUUGCGAUGUUCGUCCUGUUCCAGACGCCACUCUUCACCAUGCCGGUGGAGAAGGAGGGCGGUCGCGUUGCCGACGUGCCCAUGUCGGCCGCCGAGGUGGCGGCAAUCGGUGUGUUGGCAUACAGCCCUGACUACGCACAGGCGACGCAGCUGGCGCUCGUGCCAGGCGCCUGGUGGAAGCUGGCGUGCCGGCAGCUGUUCGCCUGCCUGGGCCUGACCAGCAAGGCCUGCUCGCUGGGCCGGCUCACGGACGGCAACGCGCUCCUGGCCUCCUGUGACUACAGGCCCAUGAUUGAGCCCUACCGCGCCGCGGCCGGCAAGGCCGCGGGCACGCUGGCUAUCGCCAGCGGCAUGCUGGUGGUGUGCGCGCUGGUGAUGCCGGUGGUGCCGGACCUGUAUGUGGCACUUGUGGGGCUCGGACUCUUCGUGUUUACGAUCUUCCAGACCGCGUGCUCGCCGCUUCCCACCACAGCCUUUAUGGGGCUGUUGUGCGUAACAGCGGUGCUGGGACCGGCGCCGGGCGGAGGCCCGCGGCGCGGCGACGGCGCCGCUGGUGCGGCGGGCGCACAGGCGCCGGCGUCGGCGCCGGCGGGGAAGUCGUUUGGGCCCACUGUGGCGGGUCCUGUGGCGGGUAGCGGCGGCGCCAAGGCCGGCGGCGGCACGCCGGGCAAAGGAGCCAAGGCGUCGCCCAAGAAGAGGAAGUAGGCCGGCUGUGAACUGCUCGCUGCGUGUGAGGCGUGAAGUGGUGAGGUGGUGAGGUGUGAGGUGUGAGGUGAUGAGGUGAUGAGGUGAUGAGCAUGACGGGGAUGGGUUGGAGGUGGUUGACGUGCGGUGAAAAACGGAGGCGGGCGGGAUACCGAUAUAGCGGGUGCAGCCUUGGGCUUGAGGAAUGAUAAGACUGGGUGUGAUGGCACGGUGUGAUGGGGUGAUGAGGGUGACUGGGACGGGCGACUGGGGUAGGUCGCAUUUGUGUAGCAGGUGCUGCGGGAGCUAUUGAGUGUUGUACGUACAAGAAGAUGUGUGUCCUGACGUCUUCUUGUAUAUGGACCAGCAACGGCUCGUGUUUGUACGCGCGUGUCACCUAGUGAAUCUGCUGAAUCCGACUAUUACCCUCGAGCUCUGCAGUGAGUAGGUGAGCUCUACAGCCCAUCCCCUGCCGGGUUCACACGUCACUCCCAUGACAACCACACCUGGUGGAAUCUGUAACACUGGCUGCAA